AUGUCAACGCCACCAAAUUCAUAUCACGAAGAUAGUAAAAAACAUUAUGUCAUAAAAGAUGGAUUAAACCUUUAUUCUGAGCCGAACAAUUCAGGUUCUUUAAUUGAAUUCAUGGAACACAUUAAAUUUAAUCGUCCAGAUAUUGUUACAUCAUCCUCAUCAAACAUAGAAAAAUUGAUGAAAGCAAAUUUUGAUUUUUCCAAUAUAAUUUUCAAUGUUGAGGUGGAUACUAAAGAUGAUUAUAAAGUCAACAAAGUUCUUUCAAUCGAAAACCUAAAUCAGGUGGUAAUUAACAAUAAUCAUUAUUCAGAAAUAACAACUGAUAUAAGAAUUCAUAAUUUGAAAUUAGUAAAUCCUUCAUUUUUGCUUGCAUUUCCAAAAAAUUUAACAAAAUUAUACGUCCACACAAAAAAUGAAAUAGAAGGACAUUUGGCUCUUGAAAGUUUACCUUUAACUAAUUUGGAAAUUAAAUAUAUCAAUACUUCCAAUAAGGGAUGUGAAACUAUGACAUUACACUUACCAUUAUCAUUGAAAAGUUUAAGUCUUGAAAAUAUCAACACCACUAGACUUACUAUUAAGAAACAAAAAUUGCUCGAUUUAAAAAUUGUUAAUUGUUCAAAUUCUGUGUUGCUGAAAUUAAUUCAUACCUUUGGAGACCUAAAUUCUUUGAUUAUUAAACAUCAGCUAAGUUUAAAGAAUUCUAUUUCUUUAAAGCUGACCGAAUUUUCCAUGUUUAAAAGAAAAAUCAUUUUGAGCAAUAUCAGCAAAAUCAAAGACUUACAAAUCGAUGGUCCUUUCAUGCUAAAUGAGUCUUUAAUUAGUACUGAGAUCCUCAAAUUGAGUAAAGUAAUAUUAGGUUCAUUAUUUAAAUUGCCGCCAGUAGUUCGAGAAUUAGUUCUUGAUGAAGUACCAAAUUCUUCGAAUAUGUUGAAGGAUUUACCCAAACAAAUCACGACCCUAAAUUUAUCAUGUUUCGAAUCCACAAAUUUAAGUCUCUCCUAUCUCAAGAACUUAAGCUCACUUGACAUUUCAUGCUCAAAUAUACCAAACACCUCAUGUCCAAUCAUAAGAAGCUUACAACUACCGAUAACUGUCAAAAAAUUAAAUUAUUUGGGACUGGCUUAUCAUUUGCUUUCAAUUCAUAAUUCUGAAAUCACCGGGUUAUGUUUAAUGUUAACGGACGAUAAUAUUGAAUUUUUUCCUCAAUUUCCAGAAUCAUUAAAAGUUUUGAAAUUUAACAAUAAAGACAAACCAUUAAUAAUAAAUUACCUAACAUUUCCAAAAGAUUUGGAAACUCUUUUGCUUCAAUCCGUGGCAGUACAAAAUCCAUCUGUUCUUCCUCGUACUAUAAAAUAUUUAAAUCAUCAAUUACCAGAAGGUGAUCACAGACAUCUUUCAAAUAUUAUAUUACACUAUCACGACGAAUCACGAAACAUAGACACUGCACAAUUAAAUUUGAAACAUUGUUCAAAUUUAUCGUAUUUACGUGUUGAAAAUAGUAGACUCAAAAAUUUGGAUUUAAGGGAAUUACCAAGAUCAAUUCAGUACUUGAUUUUGAAAAAUAAUGAAAUUAUGGAUAUUGAAGGUGAUAAUAAUGAUCUUAAAUUAAAAGUUAUGGAUUUAUCGCAGAAUCUAAUAAUCUUUUCAGGUCGAGAAUUUAUAAUGUUCAAGGACCUGAUUCAAUAUUUAGAUCUUUCUGAAAAUAUUAUUCAGGAUUUACCUUCCAUGCUUACUGUGAAUUGGUCUGAUUUGCAAGUUUUUAUAUUGAAAAACAUUAAUGAUUUUUGGGAUUUCACAGAUUUUGGAAAAGCUAUUACAGCUUCUUGUCCUCAUUUAAAAUAUGCUAUUUAUACGCUGCAAGAUAAGGAAUUUUUUUCUUAUGGAUCAAUGAACUAG